AUGUACUCACCAGUUAACCGGCGCAACAAGGUACUGAAAGGGAGGCUGGUGAACCUGAAGAAUCGCAGCAACCGAAAUUCAUUCGUCGAAGGAGACGAAUUUCCCUCCGGACUAUCAACCUGGGCCAGUCAGACGUCUCUCUACUCGACUGUUUCCACCACUCGAACUUUCUCACGGAAACGGGGUUCUCUCUUCCACUUCAGCGCCAUCAAUGGAUGGAAUAGUCUUCCAAAGAACUUGGAGCCACAAUGCCAGGAUCACGAUGGAAAGGUGACCUUGAGAGUGUACAAUGAGGACGGCACAUACAAGACCAUCUUAAUCGACGAAGAUAUGAGUGUCAAGGACGUUUGUGAAAUCAUGCUGCAGAAAAAUCACUGCGACGACUCCAUAAUUAACUGGCAACUCUACGAGGAGCCGGGAGAAUUCCCGGGAUUUGAACGCCAAAUUGAGGAUCACGAGUUUGCGAUGGACCUGCAGCGGAGAUGGCCAGCCUCCAUGUCACCCAGCAAAAUUUGGUUUCGACAAAACAGUCGAAAAUACAACCUCUCCGAUGGAAUGGAGCGAAUGAUUCUACGAACUGACAUUCCUGUUGUCGACCAGCUGACUCACGAUGCCUUCCCACUUCCCGGCCUGGCAGAGGGUGUGGUUCUGUUGAAACGGCCUCAACGCAAGUGGGUAAAGGUCUUCUGCUUCCUGCUGAUGUCUUCCAUCUUCUUCACGCGCAAGGCCUUCCGUGCAUCUAAGAGAAAGGCUGAGUACCUGCUAGACCUGGCCAACAUGGACGUCUACGUGCCCCAGGCUAACACUGAGGUGACCCGCUUCCUGAACACACCGACGCCACACACACUACUACUUGUGCCAUCUUCUAUUGGUCUACUGGAUCCAGAGGCGGUUUUUGCGAUCGGCUUGAAGACAAGAGAGAGUCUACUAGCGUGGGCAGAAGGGUUGCGCUAUCAUAAGCAUGGGCGGCGGAAACUCAGUUCCAAUCUGACAGAGGCUCUGGGUCCGAAUUGCAGUGCCAAUGAUCGGAAUACCCGCAGGCGGGAGAAGUACAGGCAGACAACCGAACCAGUUCAAACCUUAUGGGGAUGUUCUGACUCAAUGUGGACAUCCGUCGACGUCCAGUGUUCACCUAAGGUUCUGUCCGAACGACCAGACUUCAGCAGCAACAAGAUCGCGGCAUCUACGCCGAAGAAUAUUCGAAGGAGCAUCCUUAGCCAAUCAGAAGAAGUCCUUGACAAGGCAACAACUGACCUUGGAUAUCAGGCCAAUCAAACGCCCAUGGCGACCAGACGCUCCUCUUGGCUGCUCGACACACCAACUGGAAAUGAACUAAAUGGAAGUGGGCUCAACUUCCCAAAAGAAGAUGAGUUUGCGCAAAAUCUCGAAGGGAUAAUCUUCAAUUCUGGAAAGCCGGCUCUUCUUCUGGACUUGCAAUCGGAGGCCCAGAAAUUCCCGAUCGAAGCAAAAGGGUUUCGUUUGAUGGUCAUGUUGAAUUGGUCCUUGCAGAUCCUGGAUCCACAGCCUGGGGAUACCAAACGCUACAAACUGCCCUUCCGUCCGGAGAAGUUUGAAACCCUAGAGGAACUCUGCCGGUUCUAUGAGUCAAGACGGGACCUUCUGUAUGCCUUUGAACUGAUGGAGAGUCUAGACAGCUACUACACCCAGCUGCUGACCACAAACAAUUCCCGCCGCUCAGUUGGCACUCGGACUGAUCUGAAGUACGACGCGGCAACGGCCUUUUAG